AAAGAGCAGGGAUUGACUGUAUUAGCCGUUUGUGUCACUUAUGAAGUGUCCAAAUGUUUCGGUCGCUCGCGAAAUAUCAAGAAGUCUUCGCUCUUAUGUCUUCUAUUGAUUAUAUUUGGCUCAAUAUUAGUGAUACUAAGGCUCAGCAUAAUGGGUGGCAAACACCAACUGCCGGUGUUCACCAAGUUCGACAACCCGGCCUCCUUUGAGCCCUACCCCACCCGACAACUCACUUACAACUUCUUACUGCCAUUGAAUGCAUUAUUGCUGUUAUUUCCAUACAAUCUGUGCUGCGAUUGGACCAUGAGAUCCAUUGGUCUGAUCCAUGACAUCGACGACCCCAGAAAUGUGUGGACUCUUGUAUUCUAUGCAACACUUAUAGCGCUAGUCAUCAGAUCUCUUGUCGAUCUGUUUCGCUACCGAAGCAAUCGAUUACUUAUAAUAUUGUCGUUAAUAGUCUUUCCAUUCAUUCCGGCGUCUAAUCUCUUCUUUCCGGUCGGGUUUGUGAUCGCCGAACGAACUCUUUAUAUCCCGAGCACCGGCUUCUCACUACUGGUGGCCAUCGGUUGGACUGCAAUUGAGAAUCGCUUCCCAAACAGACCUAAACUCAAAGAGUGUCUUCUAAUUAUGUUUUGUGUGACAAUCGGUUUGUUUUGUCUGAAGACUCAGAUUAGGAAUAAUGACUGGAAGGACGAGUUGUCACUAUUCUCGUCGGCCAUUAAAGUAAAUCCAAAUAACGCCAAACUGUACAAUAAUGUGGGCCACCAUUACGAGCGCCACAAAGAGUUUGACAGAGCGUUGCAGUACUUCCAGAAGGCGUCUGAACUGCAGAGCGACGACUUGGGCUCUCAUAUCAAUAUCGCACGAACUCUCAUCAAUUUGGGCCAACACUCCAAAGCCGAGCAAAUGCUUUGGAAACUUAAGCCUAAAGUGAAACUCUCGGCCAUUAAUAACCGAAUUAUUCCCAAUUACCUCAAUCUGUGGAUCAAUUUGGCGAACAUUAUCGUCAAGAAUGAGACGAGACUUCCGGAGGCGGAAAAUUUAUACAAAGAGCUGAUAGGCAUGCGUUCGGACUUCGUUGAGGCCUAUAUUAAUUUGGGAGACAUUCUCAUCCGUCAGUCCAAACUGACCGAAGCGGUCGAUAUCUACCGCAGAGGCCUGUCAUUGGCACAAAUCGACAGGAGAGCCGACCUGUACUUCAAUUUAGGUGUCGUUCACUCAAUGCUUCUGAGGGCCUCGAGU